AUGUUACAUAAAAACAUUAGAACCUGUGGUUUGGCAUUUUUAUUGCUUGGUCAUUCUUUUGGACUAGGCUUCCACAUCCCAUUACAAGACGGUUUGGCGCAAGACAAUGAUGAAGAGGUACCCACAAUAUCAAUAAUAGACAUAUUAUCCUCAAAUGAAUCAUACACCAGUUUGAUUUUGACACUACAAAGAAGUGAUUUAGUUGACUAUGUCAAUGAAUUAACGAACGUGACAUUUUUAGCACCUGUGAAUUCAGCAUUUGACAGGCAUGACAUUCCUAGAGGCUCUAAGAUGUCCAAAAAUCAGUUGAAUAAAUUUAUAAUCAACUCAACUAUUUUCAGAGAAGAUAUUAAUGGUAUUUGUAUUUUAGAUACACUAGGAAAAGGAUCUCCGUAUAUUGAAAAUUUGAACAUACCCAUCUUAUUAGAGCAUAGAUUUGUAGACGGUGAAGAUCACGAAACAUAUAUGGUUGAGAAUGCAAAUGUUAUAGGUGAUGACGUCUAUAUGCCAGCAUUUGAUAAUAUUUUAUUGUCGGUAGACGACUUAAUGAUUGAUGAUAAAGAAUCGGUAUGCCGUUAUUUUUUGAAUUCAUUGAAUCGUAAUACGGGUGAUGAAAGGUUCAAGACCUUUAGUAGUCUGAUAGUGAGUGAAAAUACAUGUAGAUCAGAGAUGCUGUCAAAUAUGACAUUUUUGGUGCCAUCGGACAAGUCACUAAGCUUUAAUCACGUUGAAAUAAAGUAUUUGAAUAAUGUCAGAGGGUUACAUGAUAAGAAUCUGUUUCUUUCCAAUUUCCUUGUAGAUGGUAUUAUUGGCGGUAAUCUGAACAAUGCUCCCGUGGUCACUCAUAAUUGGAAUAAUAACGAAGUUAAAAUCACGUCCUCUUAUCUGGGGGAUGAGAUUAUCAUAAAUGAUAAAUACCAUGCCACCACUUCAAAUUUCCUUUUGGCUGACGGAAUCAUACACUAUUUUGAUUCUUUUGAAUUUGAUCAAAGCUUUGAAAGUUAUCCCCGUUUUACAUCAAGAAAAUAUUUGAUUGGAUUGGACUAUGACGAAUUUGUAGAUGAACUUGAUUUUCGUAAACUAUCACAUUUGAUCGACGAUGCGUCAUUAAACCAAACAAUAUUUGUUUCCAUUGACUACAAAAUAAUGGGAGCUCUUCAAAACCAAAUGUAUUAUCAUUUUGUCGAAGGAAAUAAUAUUGACAGCUUACAACCUGGUGAAAGUAGAUUGUUAACUUCUAAGUUUUGCCUCACAGAAGAAUUUUGUCAAAAAAUUAAGAUUCAAAGAAUCACAGAUACAGGCUCAUUAGUUCUGAAUUCAAAUGUUAAUAUAGUGAACACAAAGCCGUACAAGGUUGGAAAUACAUCCAUUUAUAUUCUUGAAGAUGAUAUCUCUCUUCCUGCGAAAUUACAAAUUGCUAUUGCAUCGGAGCUUACUAAACACGGUAAGUCGAUCUCAUAUUUCAAGGAAUUUAGUCUGCUCAAAGAGUUAUCUAGAGGUGAUAGUUUUCAUACCAUUUUCUUCCCAGCAUCUAAACUCUGGGAAGAUUUGGAUGUUACUUUAGAGUAUAUGGAAAACAACCCUUCAUUACUCCAAGAAAUACUUGAAGGUCUAGUAAUUGAAGGGUUAAUCUAUGAUAAUUUUGAAGGAACACAAUUGCUUCAAACUUAUGGAGGCGAUGUUGUUAACAUUACCACAAUUAAUAAGGGCCUAUUGCAAAUCAACAACUCGACCUUAAUUAAAACGUCUUUUGACAACGAAAUAUUGUAUUCAAAUGGCGUUAUUCAUCCUGUCUAUGAUGAACUUCCUUUACCUAAAACCUUGGAUAUUAGCGUGUUUGAUUUAUUGCAAGAUCAAAGUGGCGAUAUCUUUGAGAAGAUUUUAGAAAAGACAAACUUAACGGGGUAUCUUGCUCUUCCCGAUUAUUCCAUUCUGUUGCCACCUGACAAAUCCUUACUACAAGAAAACAUCACCGAGAUGGUUGGGGAUUACGAUUAUUUGGAUAAGUUUGUGAAGCUGCACAUAUUACCGCCCGGAGCCAUGGAUAUGAUUCUCAAUUGUCACUCCAACCAACCAUUAGAUAGUAAUUCUACCACAAUGAUUCCAACAAUUCUCGAAGGUCACCAUUUAACAUGCAGACAACUCUCUUCUGGUGGCAUAAUGUUAAGCAUAACUGAAGGUGCGAAUAAUGAAGUUAGAAUACUAAGGAAAGGCUUAACUAUAAAUGUGUCAGAACUGAAAUCAGGUAUUCUCAUUCUUGAUAGACCGUUGAGCCCAAGAUGGCUAAACAAAAAUCCCGGUAAAUUGUAUUUACAUCUUCCAUUCCUGGCAGUUAUUGUAGGUAUUUUAAUUGGAGUGGUCUGUGUGAUUUUUGGAUUUGGAUGUUGUUUGCUUAUAACUUUAGGUAGUAACUCAAUGAGAACAGCUGAUGAAGAAGAAUCAGAGAAUGUUGCGGCAAACAGCUCUCAUAUUGCUAAUGUGAAUGAAAGAUUACCACUGUUAAGUGAAAAUGUGGGUGGAAAUAAUAUCAAUGAGCAUGAUAACAACGGUAUCGGACAAGGCAGUUCAUUGAAGAAGGUUACAGGUAAACCACAGAAAAACUACAGCUCAUUUGAAUCAAGAUAUUCGGCAAAUGCAUCGACUUCACCGAUUGAAGUGAUACAAGAGUGA